AACAAUGUGACGUUGACGGACGUGUUCGUAAACAUAGUAAUUUAUUGUUUUAAAUAUUUUAUCUAUUUAUUACUCUAAAAUAAGACAGAACUCUAUCACAAUGAAUAUAUGCCGAACCUGCCUCAAAACUCCAGCUAUCAGGAAUAUAUCCGAGCUAGAAAAGGGCAUAGGUGAGGACAACAAAAACUACUUGGAAAUCAUGGUGUUUUGUUUAGAUAUCAAGGUUACACAAGACUCAAAAAUUACAACGAAGCUAUGUAAUAACUGCUAUAGAAAAAUCAUAUCAUUCUAUAAGUUUAAGGCACUAUCCUUGAAAAAUGAUGCCUAUUUAAAAUCUCUAGAAGUAACUCUAGUGGAUCAUAAAUCAUCCAUAUACGUGGAUGAAAACAAUGUCAAACAUGAGAAUUCUCUUGAUUAUGAUGAAUAUGUUUCGGUUAUUGAUAAUUGUCCGAUGGAUAUUAAACAGGAAUUAGAUGUUAAGGACGAGGAUACCUGGGCCGGUGUGGAGUCGGAUGAAGAGCUGCUUAGUGUUAUACAGAGAGUAAAAUAUGAAAAUAUUAAGGAUGAGACCAAAGAAAAUGCACCAAUAAAUAAAAAACGUGGCCGUCCAAGGAAAAUAAAGGCAUUAAAACUAGAAAAUGUGAAACAAGAACGGCAAGUGUGUGAGGAGUGUGGCAAGUCAGUCCGUAACCUGAAGGAGCACUCGCUCCAGCAUCUGCCCAUGAGUGAGCGUAAGAAGCUCCAGUGUAAAGUCUGUCCAAAGCUGUUUUCCACAUACGGUGCGCGGACCAGGCAUUACAAGAUUAAGCAUUUAGGCAUUAAGUCUGAAUGCAAUAUUUGUCAUAAGAAGGUUGUGUGCCUGUCGACGCAUCGCCUGCGCGUGCACAACCGUGAGGCGCUCCCGUUUGCCUGCGUGCAGUGCGAGCGCCGCUUCGUGUCGCAGGGCGUGCUCGACGUGCACAUGACCACGCACACGAAGGACCGCGCCUUCCAGUGCGACGUGUGCGAGAAGAAGUUCCGGUCGCAGCUGCAUGUUAACAUACAUAAGUGA